CAUCUAGUGUUAGUUUACCAGUGCUAACGAGUUGAACGUUUGAUUGAAGUACAUAAUUUAAAGAUAAACAAUUGCAUAAUUAAAUAAUAAAAAUGUCUCUCGCUGACGAAUUAUUAGCAGAUUUAGAAGAAAAUGAUGAUUCUAAUCGUAUGGUGGAAGAACCGGAACCUGAUUUUAUUCCACCAAGUAUUUCCAAAUCUAUCGAAGAAGAAGUAAAAGUUGCAUCGGUGAGAGAAUUAGCAAAACUUCGUGAUUCUGAGGAGUUGAAAAAGACAAUGUUCGAAAUAGAAAAAUAUAGUAAAGUAUCUAGGAGGUCAGCAGAUAUCAUAGGCCCUGUGGAAUCUGAUCCGGAAUAUCAAUUGAUCGUUGAAGCAAAUAAUAUGGCAAUUGAUAUAGAUAAUGAAAUAGCUACAAUACAUCGGUUUACAAGAGAUAAAUAUUCAAAAAGAUUUCCAGAACUUGAAUCAUUGGUAGUAGGACCAUUGGAAUACGUCAUGACUGUAAGAGAACUUGGAAAUGAUUUGGAUAAAGCAAAAAAUAAUGAAACUUUACAACAAUAUCUUACACAAGCUACUAUAAUGGUUGUAUCAGUCACAGCUUCUACAACACAAGGGCAAUUACUAAGCGAAGAAGAAAGGGAAGCCAUAUGCGAAGCCUGUGAUAUGGCAGUCGAAUUAAAUAAUUGUAAAUCAAAGAUAUUGGAAUAUGUAGAAAGUAGAAUGGCUUUUAUAGCACCAAAUCUUUCUGUAAUAGUAGGAGCAUCUACAGCUGCAAAAAUUAUGGGUGUUGCUGGAGGUUUGACAAAGUUGUCCAAAAUGCCAGCUUGCAAUGUAUUAGUUUUAGGAUCUCAGAAAACAACACUUUCUGGUUUUUCUCAAAUGACAAGUCUACCUCAUACAGGAUUUAUAUAUUAUUCUGAAAUUGUUCAAGAAACACCACCUGAUUUACGUAGGAAAGCAGCUAGACUUGUUGCAGCAAAAGGUACAUUAGCUGCUCGUGUAGAUGCUUUUCACGAAAGCAUAGAUGGUCAUAUUGGGCAAUUAUUCCGCGAUGAAAUAGAAAAGAAAUUAGAUAAAUUACAAGAACCACCUCCUGUUAAAUUUGUAAAACCUUUACCAAAACCAAUUGACCCAAGCAGAAAGAAGCGUGGUGGCAAACGCGUUCGAAAAAUGAAGGAACGUUAUGCGAUUACAGAAUUUAGAAAAUACGCAAAUAGAAUGAAUUUUGCAGAUAUAGAGAAUGAUGCUUAUCAAGAAGAUCUCGGGUAUUCAAGAGGUACAAUUGGAAAGGCAGGAACAGGACGCAUUAGAUUACCACAAGUCGAUGAAAAAACAAAAGUACGAAUUUCAAAGACUUUACAAAAGAAUUUACAAAAACAACAACAAUGGGGUGGAAGUACAACUGUUAAAAAACAAGUUUCUGGAACAGCUUCAAGCGUAGCAUUUACACCAUUACAGGGUUUGGAAAUUGUUAAUCCACAAGCUGCAGAGAAAAAAGUAAAUGAAGCCAAUGCCAAAUACUUCUCAAAUACGGCUGGUUUCUUAAAAAAACGUUGCUGCAAAACAAUGGGAAAUGCAGGGAGUAAUCAAACAGUAGGUCAUGGCCAUACUUCAGGUAGAGAUCGUCAUAGUAAAGAACAUGCGCCACCUUCUCCAGGAAAGGAAGGACAGGCAUUUGUUUUUGAUAAAAAGCCUAAUCAAAAACUAGUCUUUCAGCCGUCUCAUGAAGAAGGAGAACCUUAUUAUACAAAAACAGCUCAACAGGAUGGAGAUAAUUUUAACGGUCAACGGCCAAGAUCAAAUACAGUGUCUGAAGGAACAAAGGUUACAGAUAGCAAAGUUUUGCCUACAGUUUUCAAAUGGGAAGGUGGUGGAAAGCAAGUAUAUAUCAGUGGAACAUUCACGGGAUGGAAAACAUUACCUAUGGUAAAGAGUCAUGGUGAUUUCGUUACUAUUAUUGACUUACCAGAAGGAGAACAUCAAUAUAAAUUCUAUGUUGAUGGAGAAUGGAGACAUGACCCUGGUUUAAAAAUAGUUGACAAUGGUACAGGUUCUAAGAAUAAUUUAGUAUCUGUAAGAAAAUCUGACUUUGAAGUUUUUCAAGCUCUUGCCAAAGACAGUGAAGGUGUUUCUACCAGUGUUCAAACUGAAUAUGGACAAGAAAUUCUACCUCAUAAACCAUGGGAUAAAGUGGUUGGACCACCAAUCUUACCACCACAUUUAUUACAAGUUAUUCUUAAUAAAGAUACACCAUUAUCUUGUGAACCAACUCUUCUACCAGAACCAAAUCAUGUGAUGUUGAAUCACCUAUAUGCUUUAAGUAUUAAAGAUAGUGUUAUGGUUUUAUCAGCCACGCAUCGCUAUCGAAAAAAAUAUGUAACAACUCUACUAUAUAAACCAAUUUAAUAAUUUAUGUCAUUCCUGCAUGUAAACGUGAUAAUUAAUUAUUUUGGAACGAUAUGAUUAUACGAAUAACGAAUUGUACUCGUUAUUUAGACAUCAGAAACUGUAGGUAAGCUAAGCUAUUAAUGACAAGAGAGUUGCUCAAUUAUAAAAUAAUAUAAUUAUUAUUUCUUAAAGCUAAUCAAGUAUCUUAUAUAUUUCGUAAAAUUGUGAAGAAUAUAGUAUUAUUAUGUUUCUUGUAAUUAAGCAAAAAAGAGAGACAAACUUUGAUUACUAUUGAAUGGAAAAUAGUACAUUUUCCUUAAUCAUUUGUAAUAUUAAUUAAAACAUUAUAACAAUUAUUAUUUCCUAUUACAAAAUUAUGUCAAAAUUAGAA